AUGUCGGCACCCCGGCUGCUCACGAUGCAGCUGCUGCUCUUGCUGGACGCUUGGUGGGCGAGCGCAGCCGCCCCGCGCUGCACCUACACCUUCGUGCUGCCCCCGCAGAAGUUCACAGGCGCCGUGUGCUGGAGUGGGCCGGCGGCUCCACGCCCGACUCCGGAGGCCGUGAACGCCAGCGACGUGGCGGCACUGCGCGUGCGAGUGGGCCGCCACGAGGAGGUGCUGCGUGAACUUCAGCGGCUGGCGACUGCCGACGGCGCUGUAGCCGGCGAGGUGCGCGCGCUGCGCAAGGAGAGCCGUGGCCUGAGCGCGCGCCUGGGCCAGCUGCGCGCGCAGCUGCAGCACGAGGCGGGCCCGGGGGCGGAGCUAGGCCUGGGGACGGAGCCUGCCGCCGCGCUGGCGCUGCUUGGGGAGCGUGUGCUGAACGCCUCGGCCGAGGCGCAGCGCGCCGCCGCCCGCUUCCACCAGCUGGACGUCAAGUUCCGCGAGCUGGCACAGCUGGUCAGCCAGCAGAGUGGCCUCAUCUCCCGCCUGGAACGCCUGUGCCCGGGAAGUGCGGGCGGGCAGCAGCAGGUCCUGCCACCGCCCCUGGUGCCUGUGGUUCCAGUCAGUCUGGUAGGUGGCACCAAUGACACCAGCAGGAGGCUGAACUCAGCCCCAGAAUCCCAGAGAGACCAGACCCUGAGACAGCAGGGGCCCUUGGCCUCUCCCGGGCCCUUGGCCUCUCCCGUGCCCUCAGGGCACCCUGCUGUCCCUACCAAGCCAGCAGGCCCAUGGCGGGAUUGUGCAGAGGCCCGCCAGGCAGGCCAUGGACGGAGCGGAGUGUAUGAGCUACGAGUGGGCCGGCAUGUGUUGUCAGCAUGGUGUGAGCAACAGCUGGAGGGCGGAGGCUGGACUGUGAUCCAGAGGCGGCAAGAUGGCUCUGUCAGCUUCUUCACUACCUGGCAGCACUACAAGGCAGGCUUUGGGCAGCCUGAUGGGGAAUACUGGCUGGGCCUUGAACCUGUGCAUCAGCUGACCAGCCAUGGGGACCAUGAGCUACUGGUGCUUCUCGAGGACUGGGGAGGCCGCGGGGCACGUGCCCACUAUGAUGGUUUUUCCCUGGAGCCUGAGAGUGACCACUACCGCCUACGGCUUGGCCAUUACCACGGAGAUGCUGGAGACUCUCUAUCCUGGCACAAUGACAAGCCUUUCAGCACCGUGGAUAGGGACCGAGACUCCUAUUCUGGUAACUGCGCCCUGUACCAGCGGGGAGGCUGGUGGUACCAUGCCUGUGCCCACUCCAACCUCAAUGGUGUGUGGCACCGUGGUGGCCACUACCGUAGCCGUUACCAGGACGGCGUUUACUGGGCCGAGUUUCGUGGUGGGGCUUACUCUCUCAAGAAGGCUGCCAUGCUGAUCAGGCCCCUGAGGCUGUGACCAUCUGUUCAUCUGUCCCCCAGGUCACAGGGGAUGUGUGUCAGCAGGAGCCCGAGUUGUCC